GCCACCCAAGCGUUCCGCUCGGACUCCUACUACUACUACUGGUGCUCCUGCUGGUGCUGGCAAGAAGACUUCUGGACCUAUUCGCAAAGGACGUGGUGCUACUAUGAAGGUCGCCGCUCAGCCCUACAACAGGUCUUCGGGAAACUAUAAUCGUGGUCAAUGGCAGCAAGGACAACAACAACAGUCUUCGUAUGGAAGUGGUGGGAAGAGUACCUGGCAGCAACAGCAGAGUGGUGGUGGCGGUUCGGGGUAUCGCAAUAGUCAGGGCAGCUAUUAUGGGAGUACCUCGAACAACAACAACAAGAGUUGGGGUGGCUCUUGGGGCGGUAACUGGAGUGAUAACAGAGGGGGCAACAAUCAGUCUUGGAAUCAACAUGAUAAUCGUGGUAACGACUACAAUGACAACAACAACAAGAACACCAACAACAACAAGAACGGCUCUUACUAUGCUAGAAAUGAUACUGGUUAUAGACAGCAGCAACAGCAGCAGAACAACAAUAACGCC